UGGCAACUUACUUGGGUUACAGAGGCCCCAUUAGCCGAUUUUAAGAGGCCAGCUCCGCAAAUCCGUCCUACUGUAGCAGCCAUGUUGUUCUAGGGUGCUAGGCCGUCAAAUAAAUUAGGGUUAAAUUAAUAACCAGAACUGACCAAAAUCAAUUUUUGGGCAUACAACCUGGGAGUAAGCCUAAAACCCUACACGUAAAUACCUCAUUCAGGGUAAAUCGAAAAAUUAGACUUUUGACAGUUUACGUAACAGUGACCUAGGGAAUUUUUUGGUGUCUUUCGGUUGCCAUCCUGCAAUAUACGUCACUUCUUCCAGCUGUUUUGGGUACGCCAUUCGCGAUAUCAAAUCGAAAUUUUUGUUUAGUCUGCAAAGAGAAUCCGAGAGAAUCAUCGCCAUCCUAAUAGCAAACUUUUUAGUUCAUCAUGACUUCGGGAAUGCCGGAGCUGGGCUCCAAAAUAAGUUUAAUAUCGAAGGCCGAUAUUCGAUAUGAGGGACGGUUAUUUACAGUUGAUCCCCAAGAAUGUACGAUAGCUUUAGCCUCCGUACGCUCAUUUGGUACUGAAGAUCGUGAAACUCAGUAUCCAGUGCCUGCCCAGAACCAAGUGUACGACUACAUCUUGUUUCGCGGCUCUGACAUUAAGGAUAUUCGUGUAGUGAACAAUGUGCCCCAUCCGCAGCCGCUCAACGAUCCUGCAAUCAUGCAGCUGUCGGUGCCGCCAUCGCUCGGCGGGCAGCAGUACCAAACGCACCCGGUGCUGGGUCAGAUUGCGCCUCAGAUGGCGCAAUUCGGCGCUUACGGCAGCAUUGGCGGCGCCAUCGGCAGCCUGGGUGGCGCCCUGGCCCCCGGCAUGCACAUUCAGCGCGACGGCAGAGGCAUGAGCAACAAGCCAAAUUCCGUUCUAGAUUUGAUUGGCGGCGGCUCGCGCAGCACCACGCCCGCCAGCCUGUCGUCUCGCAAAUCGCCCACCGCCGACCAAGGCACGCAAGCGGGGGGCGGCAAGCGCGACGACAAGAAGACGGUCAAGCCUAUCCAACCGCCUGGCCACCAGCGCAACCAGAACCAGCACCAGCAGCAGCGAAACAAGUCGCGCGAGCGCGGGGAUUCGCGCGGAGACGGGCAAAAUAGGCAGCCCAAUCGCCAGCAGAAUUAUCAUGGGCAUCACGGCGGUAAUCAGGGAAAUAACUACCAUCACCAGAACUACAACAACCAGCACCAUAACCAGCAGCAGCAGCAUCAACAGGGUAACCAGCAGAACCGCGGCAGUGGCGGCGGCGGCGGCGGCUGGACGAACCGCGGUCCGAUGAGACCGAGAGGCAGGCCGCGCGGCGGUUUCAAGUCGAACCAGGGCCAACCGAACCAAGGCAACAAGCCCAAGAACACGCUCAAGUUCGAGAACGACUACGAUUUCGAGCAGGCCAACACCGAAUUCGAGGAACUGAGAAGCCAAUUGGCCAAGGUGAAAGUGGACGAGGGCAGCAGCAGCACGAGUACAAAGAGCGAGGCGGUGAACGGGACCGCGGCCGCGGACGGAGUGGCCGUCGCGACGAACGACGCGGACAAGAAGGACGAUUCGGGCAACGAGACCGGGGCCGGCGAGCCCGAGCACGAGGAGGACCAGGAGAUCUUCUACGACAAGGCGAAAUCCUUUUUCGACAAGAUCUCGUGCGAGGCGGUGGAACGCGCGAAGGGCAAGUCGCAACGGACGGACUGGCGAGUCGAGCGCAAACUCAACUCGGAGACUUUCGGCGUGUCGGCGGCCCGACGGGGAAAUUAUCGCGGACGCGGAGGUUACAGAGGCAUGAGCUACAGGGGCGGGUAUCGCGGAGGAUACAGACAGCCGCAGCGCCGGGAUCAGCAUCAUCAACAGCAGCAGCAGCAGCAGCAGGGACAGCAACAAGGUAACCGUUCCGCAUCGGAACAAACCGAAAAAACUAGCCUAGACGUGCAAAACACAACUUCAAGUGUCCAAGCAUCCGACAAAAAGAUAGUAGCAAGCGAAUCCGAAACAGAUCAAAAUUCAAUUCCCAGUAGUAGCACCACUGAGCAGGUCUCAGUGGCAGAGCCUGCAAUGGCAGGUGGCAGUGAACAAAUCCAAACCCCACAACAGUGAUAUAAGUUAAGAUCUGACGAAAACACUGAAUCAGCUGACACAGGAAGACGGAGACUUGACUUUUAAUUUAUUGGCUACAGGAUGGCAAUUAAUUUAACAGUGAUCUGUGAUGAUAAAAAGGCAUAGUUACUUCUGUAACUUAACAUGAUGUCACUGUUUUGUGUGGAGUUGUAUUUAUUGAAAAAAAAAACAGUGCUUUAUUUUAGUUUCCUGUUGUCAGUAUUAAAAUAGGUUAGAUAAGGUGUACCUUAAGUGAUAAAUAUUUUAUUUUAUAUAUAAAAAAGGCAGAGGAAAAAUUUAUUAUUGUAUAUUUUUACUGCCAUUAGAAAUUAAUAUUACUUUUUUAUACUUGUAGCUUUGUUGGUCAGUCAGAACAUUACUAUAUGGAUUUUAUUUUAAUUUUUUAAGGGAUUAAUUAUUCUGUUCUUACUGAUCAUUUUGCCAACCAUGGUUGUUGUAAUUUAUUAUACUGAAUUAUUACUGUUAAUAUAGACUUUGUAAUGUUUAAGUAAAUUUUGAAAUAAAUGAUUAUGUAAUAAAACAAUUUUUAUUUAUUUAGUGCUUUUUAUGUAGGUACUGCCAGAAAGAAUAACUGAGACAGUUUUAAAACCAUUUUAAAU